AUGCGCGUAGCUCAGCAACUUGCAGCCAACACCGUCGCAGAUAAUGUACCCCCAAAUCCUGAGCAACAAGCCAUGGUGGAUGUUAUGAAAAUCUAUUCCGCCCUAUGUAGCACUCCUGAUUCAUUUACCCUUGCGCGUGAACUAGGUAUUACAGACUGUGAAGAGUUUAUGGCUAUGAAAAACGCAUUACAUACCUGGGAAUAUUUUUUUGCAAGCGAGGCCGGAAAAUCUUAUGCCAAACUAUGUGAAGAAUAUCAUAGCUGGAGAUACCGAUUAGCUACUGAUUUCUCUCUAAGCCUAACUCAAAAUGCCUUUGCACUCCUUGUCACCAUUGCGGCCACUAUUAUAUCAUUCACUGGUAUAAUCCAAGUCGUUCAAUGUUUUGCAAAAUAG